AAAUCCCGUUGGAAACCAUACAUACAUACAUAUUACAUUCAUACACGUACCUUUGCACAUUUGAGUCUCUCAUUCAUUCUCAAUUUCUCAUAUCCAAAUGUCAUCAUACUCAUAUUAUUAUCAUCCUUUCCCCACCAGCAAAGCUUUUCCAAUUUGGCAGCCACUGUCACAGCAACAGCACUCUUUCCCAUACUACGGCCGCCACCGGCAGCAGUUACUCUCUUCUCCACUUCUCAGACAACACAGGCUUCCUUGUUCAAGGCUUCAGGAAAUAGUAUCUGUUGCCUCAGAGUCACAAGAACAAGUGAGGCAGAGUGAAAACCCCAACAACAAGAAAAACUCCAAGGAUGAUGAUGAUGAUGAUGAUGAAGAAGUGGGAAUUUCUAAAAUACAAGUGCCUAGACAGAAACACAUCCCUGUUUCCAAGUCCCAGCUUCUAGAUGCAAUCCUCUCUAACAUGCUUCAUCAAGAUACUGCUCAUCACUUUCGCCUUCUCACCUCAUGUUUGGACUCUAUACUACAUGCUGAACACAAAUCCAUCUUAGAGGAAAUGCGUUCGGAUUAUCACCUCACCAAUGCAGUCCAAACUCAAGAGGAUGAGGACCCUCUUGUACCAGAGACACGGGUUGUGGCCAAUGGAAACAAUUCAAACUAUGCCAAUGACGACAUCCUUCAAACCGGGAAUGGAAAUGGGAAGGUCUAUCAGGAUAUACAGCUUCAACCGCAAAAGUCUAUGCUCUCUGAGUAUGCUCUCAGCCUCGGGAGUCUUUUGCGUUCUCUUGACAUAACUCCCAACAACGAUUCUGAUACAGGGUCCAGAGUUACCAUCGCUACUCGUUUCCAACGUGCUUUCAUGCAACUUCUUUCUAAUGCACAAUUCGAAGAACUAUCAGCUCGGGAUCUAACGCUAACAUCUGCAUUGAAUACAGACUAUCUCCUUACCUUGCCAAUAUAUGUUGACUGGGAGAAAGCAUACGAGUCUAAUGCCAUUAUAUUUAGGCGGGGCUAUGCAACUGAGAAGCAGAAUGGCCUAUUAAUUGUUGAAAAACUGGAUUACUUACAGUCCAGGCUUCUACAAACAAUCUUCUUUGUUAUAUCAAAACCACUAGCAAAACUUGGCUCCAAAAUAAGCGAGGUAUCAGGUAUAAUCAGUCAGAAACAUGAAGUGCGCAAUUGGACAGAAAGAUUGAAGCUUUGGCUAAAGAAACUUUCAGUAUUUCAAAAGUCACUGAUCUAUACUGACAAUGACAAUGAAUUGGACGAGCAAAUAGAUGAAAACCAAGUACCAAAUGCAGAACUCCCUAUUUGGCUGGCAGCUCAGAGGGCAGUAGCUCGAUAUGAAGGGAUUUUGUCACCUGUAGGUCCCCGUGAAAGGCUCUUAAGGAGAUUGCUUUCUUGGAUUGGACUUAUUCCGCCUACACCAGAACCACCUUUUCAGGUUGAAAAUGAUGGUGACUCUCCUGAACCUUAUCUAAGGCCUACUUUUUUGUCAAGGAUAUCGCUUAGUGAUACAUGGAGACCUGCAACAAGGAAAUACUGCAGAAAUGAUCCUUGGAAAAUGUUAAAAACUUCCAUUUCCAUACUUUUCUCACGAUCAGUCCUGCAGGAACCAGCCUUUGAAGAAUUAAUUCUACUAUAUACCAAGGAAGUUGAAAUAAAUGGUAAAGAUAAAGCUGAGGUUCCAUCAUUGCAAUUAAAGAUCUAUGAGAAAAUUCCUUUUCCAGAUUUACCGGUAGUUUUUCCUCACAAAAAGCUAUCAUUCCGCAUCAUUGACACAGUGCGCUUGGAUGUUGCCUCAAUUUUGGGACUCCUGGCAUAUUUUAUAAACUACAAAUUUGAGAAUCUCUCAGAUUCCCCAUCAGCUAUAUUACUUGAUGUAGUUGCCAUAAGUGCCCUAAUAAUAUUUGGGAGUCGUGUGGUUCUUGGUUACAAACAGACGUGGGAUCGGUAUCAGCUAUUAGUGAACAAGACGCUUUAUGAAAAGACACUAGCAAGUGGCUUUGGCUCGGUGCAUUUUCUUUUAGAUGCUUCUGAACAGCAGCAAUACAAGGAAGCUAUUUUGGCUUAUGCAGUCCUGCUCAAAGCAGAUAAGAGCCAGGUCACUUCUCGCCGAAGUGUAGGAGAGGACUGUGAGAGAUUCAUGUAUGAAGCGUUUAAAGUAAAGGUUGAAAUGCCAAUUGACAAUGCACUCAAUACAUUAUUACGGCUGAGCCUAGCAACUGAAACUUGUAUUGAUGGAAGGCAUGGGUUGCUGGCUAUACCUUGUCCUGAAGCCUAUGAGGCCCUUAAAGAACGGUGGAAUAAUUUGCUUUGUUAAAAUGUAAAAUAUGCACAUUUCAUUAGGUACUGUAGAAACAACCUUUAAGAUUUACCCAAUAAAGGCACUAUAUGGUACAUAAUCCCAUCAUCGCACCCAGUAAUUGUUCUGUAUAUAGACGAGUCUAGGCACUAUUCAUACUACACCUUGUGUUGAUGUAUAGAACAAAGUAUAGACCUUUAUCAAAUAUACAAAGCUUGAUUAACAGCUUCUGAAUUCA